AUGGUUCAUGAGAACGGGAUGGCUCUGACGACUCUGCCUGCCCUGGGCCGUUGCUGUGACAGUCUGGAGCCCCGACAGGAAAUAAUCGUGAAAGAAGCCAGCGGGAAGGUGUUCCUGCAAUGUGUAACGACCAGCCAAAGUGAAGUCACGUGGCUGAAAGACAGGACCAGGGUAGGAAACACAACACGGCUGGACUUGGGUGCAAUUUACGAUGACCCCAGAGGCAUCUAUACCUGUGAAACAGGCGGAAAGAGAAGCCCCCCCCUCCAGGUGCACUAUCGAACUUCUGACAGGCAGAACCUGAUUGCCAAUGAGCAGCUCUACCAGCCCCUUGGCGAGCGGGACGACGGACAGUACAGCCGGCUGGCGCCUGCCAAGGCCCGCAAGUGA